AGCCACAAACAUACAAUAUGGUUAUGUUUGUAACUAUAUACGACGUAUAUGGGUUUUUGCGUCUAGUGUGAUUGAUUUCUAGCAUCCCGGUACCAAAAAUUGCUGUUUCUUCUGCAAUCAUCACCUUGGUGACUUGGUGUAUGCUGCCUUUGCUAUUAUGUCUUUGCUUUCGAUUGAAUAUCACUGAUUCAGGGAUCCAUACAAUCUUAAACAUGUAAGCCUGCCUCUUUAGGGCAAAUUUGUUGGAUGAAUCGGGCCUAGCCUUUAUCUUUAGGCGCAUUUGAGUUCCUCAGCUAGUGCAGCAUUCCAAAGGAGUUUCCAUACUAUCGAUUAUUUUGGUUAGUUUUGAUGAAAAUUAAGUGUUUGAACAAGAGAAUUUUAUCUCCGGACCAUUACUAUUUCAUUUUUUUAGAGUAAGUUGCUGUGGGUUUAGGAAUUUGGAUAUGGCUCAAUUGACUCGUACUCUAUCACCAAAUUCGAAUGAAAUAUAACAGUAAUGUGUAUUAGUUAAUGUUAAUUAAUAAGCUAAAUAAUAAUGGAUUUGAACGUAAUCCAGUCAAAAAUUCGACUCGAACAGCCAUCAAAUUACAUGAACUUUAAAAAUGUAUUAAGUUGGUUGAUGAUUAUAACUGCAUACAAUUUCAUUUCCAUAUUCAAAUUAAUCAAAUUACUCCCCUUAUCUCCAAUAUUGUUGAAUGCACAAUACUGAAUACUCCAUAACAAACAAACUCAUAAUCUGCCACUUGCCCAUUUAUUAUAAAAUAUAAAAUAAAAAAAAGAGAGUAAAAAUUCUAAAGUUAGUUACGCAUAAACCCAACAAUUAGUUUGAUAAUUCAUCAUAAUAUACUCUCAUACUUAACUUCCUCCUCCUUCAUCUUCUUCUUCCUCAAAACUGUUUACUACCAACUUCCUUGUUACCAGAAAAUUAAAAUCAACCUUGAAAUUUCUUCUUCUUUUUAACCAAAAUGAUAGACUCAGAACGUCUUUUUGAUAUUGUAUUUCACCCAGCAAUGGCUAUACUUGGUAUUACCUUAUUCAUUAUUGCUGUCACUCAAAAGUCUCAUCACCCCCCUCCCCCUCCUCCUGCUCCUGCUCCUGCACCUUCGUUUCCGCCUUCGCCUUCGGUUUCAUUUCCUAGAUUUCUGGUUGAGGAUAAUGUUCGAAAGAACAUCAUCGUCAACAACAAUGGCAACAACAACAACAACAACAACAACACUUCAAAAUCAAUGAAAUCGCCGGCUAUUUUUGUGAUGGGAGAUUCUACUGUUGAUUGUGGGGUGAAUGCUCUGUUUUACCCUCUUCUUCGCCGUAAUUUGUCUCUGUUUCCUUGUUCUAAGAGUCAUCAAUCCACUCUUAUUCCUCAUUUUCUGGCCAAGAAGAUGGGUUUGCCUAACACACCAACAUUCUAUGAGCAAAACGGCACAAUUCAAGGCAUACUAAGCGGGAUCAACUACGGAUCAGCUCAAGCCACGAUCCUCCCCUUCGCGAACAUCCCAACUUUUCAGUCCCUUAACCAGCAGCAAAGGCAAGCAUUUGAGACAAUCCAACUGCUGCAGUUACAACUAGGUGAACAGGAAGCACACCAAUUCAUCAGCUCCUCAAUCUUCUACCUUUCCUUGGGCAAGGAUGACUACAUCAACUUCCUCUUUGGGAACUCAUCGUUUUCCUCAGGUUACAAUUGUGACGCACAGAUGGUUCCUAGGCUGCUGGUCGACGAGCUGACCAAUGCCUUGCGAAACCUGUAUGACGCAGGUGUGAAGAAGAUUGUUACCAUGGGAGUCUACCCUCUUGGAUGUGCCCCUAGGACAGUGGUUAACUGGUACUUUCUGACUGGAAGAAAAAGGAGAAGGGUGAGGGUUUGUGUCAAUGAGAUUAAUCAUCUUAUGAUGCAGCAUAAUCGUCUCUUGAAUGAUCACAUCGUCGACCUCAAUUUGCAGUACUCUGAUGCUCAGUUUGUGUUCUGUGAUGUUUACCAAGGUUUUAUGCAAAUCUUGUCCAAUCCACAAAAUUUUGGAUUUGGUGAUGCAAGAGGAGCAUGCUGUGGAAGAGGGUGGCAUGGAGCAGCAUCCGGGUGCGACAACAUGGAGAUGGCUUGUAAUCAAACUUCAUCUCAUGUGUGGUGGGACUUCUACAAUCCUUCUGAGGCUGUCAACUCUCUGCUGGCAGACUCCGCUUGGUCCGGUCAGCCAUUGGGUGAUAUCUGUCAUCCCUUAAGUAUCCAAGCACUGGCAAACAUGUAGAGCCUUCAUGAAGAUCAAACAACAUAGCUAGAUUCUGGCAUACUAGCAUUAUAGCUUCUAUUGUGAAGAUUUUAAACUUUCUCUAAAUGUUGAUUUUACAGGUUAAUCUUUGCUACUGAUGCAGUAAUGCCAGAACAUAAGCACAUAAAUGUUUUCUGCUUUUUUAGGAUGUGAAUUAGGCCAAGUAAUUGUUACAGGCCCAUAACUUUU